AAACCAAAACAUGGAGUAACGUUUGUUUAACCCUGUGGUCAUGGUAUUGUUUUUCAUUCAUUUACUUAUAGGUAUACUACUUAGUUGUAUUUUUAAUUGAAUAGUAGUGCUUCAUCUAGGAUGUGCGCUCCAGCAUGCGAUGAUCUGCACAUCUCUAAACAGCAAUAACCUUACUUCCGGGAUUCUACGGUCGUUUUCAAACCACUUGUUUGGUCAAACCCGCUGCGUUUUUACCCACGUUUCGUUGUCCACGACCAUAAAAUGAGCGCGAGCCACUUAAGGAUGGUCGUCCAAGUUUUGAGAGAUGUGGUUCCUGGCAUUUCGAGUGGGAUGUUCCUGAUCACCCUCACAUCGUGUGCUGUGUUCGCGCUCCAAACCUACUUGGACUCCUCUGAGGGGGGACUCAGUGUUGGGGCGAGUGUUUUUCUCAAAGGGCAUGUGCAUACACUCUUGACGUACCCAUUCUACCACAGAAGCUUCACUCAACUGCUCCUCAGCAUCUGCACCAUGGUGUUCCUCAGUGGUAGCCUGGAGAAAGGCUUUGGCACUGUCCGCUUCCUGUUUGUGUGCAUCCUGAUGUCAACAAUGGCAGGCUUGUUGUAUGCCUUUGUGGAUCUCCUGCAGGAGAGCAACGGCAAUGGACCCACGGAGGGGCUGGUACCUAUGGCCCUCGCUUGCGUGGCCCUCACCACCACGCACACAAAAAUGACCAAAGCCUUCCUCUGUGGGCGCUCCCCUGCAAUAUCAUCUCCACACUAAUCGGAUGGAUGCACGGAAGAGGAUGGUUCUCCUUUCUGGACAUCUCGGAGGCCAAGGCAGGCG